UUACAGAGAAAUUUCUGAUGAUGUUCCUUUAAAUUUUGAGGCAUCAUCCGGCCUUCUUCUCCCCAUCUUUAAAACCUUCUCCUCUCUCUCUCAUCUCUACGUACGCCAUAACUUCUUCUUCUGUGUAACUGAGAAAUUAAACUAAAAAAAUAUGGAGAGUCUUUCAAAAUGUGAUUCCAAUUUCUGUGCUCUUACUCCCAUCUCCUUCCUCCGCAGAGCUUCUGCCUCUUAUGCUGAUCGGACUUCUGUUAUCUACGAGCGAACUCGCUUCACUUGGCGUAACACCUUUCAACGAUGCUCCCGCCUCGCCUCCUCUCUCCGCUCUCUCAACGUCUCCAAAAACGACGUUGUGUCAGUGAUUGCACCGAACGUGCCAGCGUUGUACGAGAUGCAUUUUGCUGUGCCGAUGGCGGGGGCAGUUUUGAACACGAUCAACACCCGCCUCGACGUUAAGAACAUUGCCGUCAUCCUCCGCCACUCUGAGGCCAAGGUCUUGUUCGUCGACUACCAAUACAUUCCACAAGCUAAAGAUGCCCUCCGUUUAUUGGUGGCGGAAUCCACGGCGUAUGAUAUCUACAGAAACAUUAAUAUGCAUCACGUGACACACAUGUGCUGUGCGCCCAUUGUGUUCCGGAUCAUCCUCGAGGCGGAAUCCGCCGACCGCCGGAGAGUUGGGUCUCCGGUCAACGUGCUGACCGGCGGAGCCCCGCCGCCGGCGCCGCUGCUGGAAAAAAUGGAGGCUCUUGGGUUUCAUAUAACUCACGCUUAUGGGUUGACGGAGGCCACCGGACCGGCGCUGGUCUGCGAGUGGCAGCACAAGUGGAACUCGCUGCCGUCCGAUCAACAGGCCAAGCUUAAAGCUAGACAAGGUAUCGGCAUUCUGACAUUAGCGGACGUGGACGUCAAGAAUUUGGAGACGAUGGAGAGCGUGCCGCACGACGGCCGCACCGCCGGCGAG